CUGGCAAGGCUUUGCUAGCAAGAAGAAGAAAACACGUGAUUCGGCACGUUUUGAAUUGUGAGUUCAAGCUUACCAGUAAAAUUAUCUGGCGCAUUUUAAAUAAAAGAUGAUGUCUGAAGUUAUGGCACGUCGAGUAAGCCUUGGGAGUCGAGAACCAACGGAUCCGAUGGAUAAAUUCCUGGAACAGUACUUGCUCUUUAGAAAGCACACGGUGAAGGACGGUACCAGCCUCUUCCGCGUCGUUUCGGAACAGCUCUACGACACCCAGAUGCUGCACUACGAGAUUCGCAAGGAGUGUGUCCGCUUCAUGUUCCGCAAGAGGCGAUUCUUUGAGCCUUUCGUCAAUGGGGAUUUUGACAAAUAUUUAACGCGUUUGGAAAGGUCUCGAGGAAGAGGGUCCAUGCUGGAGCUGCGUGCCCUGUGCCACUUGUACAGGCACAAUGUCUUUUUGUAUAAACCCUUCGAGUUGGGCAGACUUUAUGUCUUCAAUAAGAAUUACCGAUCGAAGUUCUGCAUCUUCUUGGACGGACAGGAUCAUUUCGACACUGUCUUCAACAUGACGGAGAUCACCACAGCCGCCAUUUGUCAGGCCAUAGCCUACAAGCUGCUCUACAAGAUGCUGUUCUGCCUACCCGAUGUCAACCUGGCCGUGGAAACCAUGCUCUAUCCUCAGACCUUCGAGAAGGGCAGCGAAAAGGAGUUGGACAAUAACGGAAAUGUGGUCCGGGUGCUGUGCUCCAACGGACGCAGCUUUAAACUCGAUCGUCCGGAGUACACCGGCUGUCUCUUGACCGACUACCGCAUGUGCCCGUUCCAUUAUCGCACCUGGGACAAAUUCAACAGACUUCAAGGGGAUCAUCUGUCCUGCGUGCGCCUCGUUCUAAAGGAUAAACGGGUUCCGUUUCCAUAUACGGUGGCCAAGGCAAUGGAUCCCUACAUUUAUCGCAAUGUGGAGCUCCAUUGGCUGAACAUUGCCCGCCAGGAGGCGAGAUCCCUAAACGUCUACACUGGGGACUACAACUUCAAAGUGGGCGCAAAGUGCCAGGUUGACUUGCCCACCGAUGAAGUCGGAAAGAUGAGCAUCUGCCACAUUCAGGCCAUCAACUAUGACAAAACCCUAAGCGUGGUCUUUGUGGAAAACAUGGGCAAAAUGAUGACAGUGCCGUACGAAACACUUCAUCCCCUUCCGCCGGGUCAGUUCCAACCGUGGCACCGUACGCAGAACCAGCGACGCAGGCAGUUGCGACGGGCCUCCAUGAGUCGAAUAAUGCGACAGAGUGUGCCACAAGACGACGUUCCACAAGGCCCACCGAUCUUAAAUAGUGGUGGGCGAGCUCUGCCAGCCAACGAGAUAGUUCCGCCUCCACAUCAAGGAUUCAAAGAGGCUUGGAAACAGUUUCCAAAUCAACAACGGCUGCCGCCAAUCCCGGAGAAUGUAUCCGUACCCCAACCGAACAUGCCACCUCAUCGGAUCCUGUCCAUUCCAAUGCCCCAAAUUGGCUGCUAUCCAGGACAAACUCCGGGUGUGAUGCACUCCAGGAUCAUUCACAACAACCAGGCGGUACUGCCGGGAGCGUUUCCCCAUGCGCCUUUCCCUCGGCAUUUUGUUAUAAGGCCGACAGUGCCCCUCGUCUUCUAUCAGUCUUCAAACGUGGGCUCCCAGCCUGCCCUACUUCCGUAUCCAUACAAUGUGGCCCCUCCAUUGCAUAACGCCGUGCCGGCGAACCACGGAAUUUUGGGCCACCCAAAAUGAAUCACAUGAUUUUAAUACUUGGAGUCCUUUAAAAUCAACGUGUAACUUUUUUUUUUUUAAUUUAAAAAAAACAAACUACUUUUAAACUUGUAUCUCUUUUUAUUUAAUGAAUAAAAUAUUGUUUAAAAUAUACUUUGAAA